AUGGCGUCUGAAGCACGGCCAGACGCGAUCGCGUCAGCAUCGGUGCCGGCGUCCUUGUCGGCGGCAGCGGCGGCCAGCGGGCGCAAAUACCGAUCCAAGAAGCAGCGGCCGUGUGACCUGUGUCGAUCGCGCAAGAUCCACUGCAAGGUGGGCAUCAGCGACGCCGUGUGUGAGUGUUGCCGACGGCUGAAGCGCGUAUGCACGUUUGAGAUGGAGCCGCUGAAGCGACGUCACCGCCCAGAGCAGCCGCAGGGUAUCAUUCCACAAAACAGCCUCACGAGCGGUAGCCUUGCGGGGUUGCAGGGGCUGUCCAACCUGCCGGGGCUGCCGCCACCACUGCCGGUACACACGUCGAUGGCAGCCGAUGGCAACAGCAGUGGCGUGGUGAUGCUGGACUCUGGGCAGAUGGGCGGCGGUGCAGCCGACGCGGCCAUGGCGCUGGACAUGGGCACGCCUUUCUGGUUGAGCAGCACGGGCAGUGGUGGUGGUAGUAGUGUGGGCAGCGUUGUCGGAGGUGGAGGUGGUGGUCAUGGACACGACGGGCCGACGGCAUCGGAAUUCUUCAGCCCACGUGGACUGUCUGAGAUGGAGCAGCUGCUGCUGCAAAGUCCGCUGGCCGUGAUGGCGGCAGCAGCAGCAGCAGCCGAGGAGCCGGGCACAUCGCCGUGCAGCGGGACCGAGGGGACCAGUCCUCCGGCCCGGAGCAACAGCAUCAGCAUCAGCGGCAGCAGCAGCAUCCGCAACGGUGUGGAGGCCGUGCUGGUGGGCUCCAGCGGAGAAGCGGCAGAGCACGAGACGCUCGGCAGCAUCGAAUUGCACGCCCUCGGCUCACAUCAACGGCCGGCCGACAGCCCGGUGGCGCCGUGGGUGUUGCCGGACUGGCCACAGGAGUUUUCGCUCGAGGGCCGGCAAGGCUACUCGAACCACUACAUCGGGCUCUCGGGCGAGGCCGACCCGUUCCUGCUGCGGUUUUACGAGUACAACGGCCACGACCUAUACACCAUGUUCCGGCUGGACUACCGCCGGAUGCUGGACGACGCGACCGUACAGCGGUGGCCAGAGCUCGGCGAGACGCAGCAGCAGCAACAACAAUCGCAGACACAGCAGCCACGACAGCCAAAUCUCCCGCCAGCCGGCUACAUGCCGGUGCAAUUUGCCAUGACGGACGAGGAGGUGCUGCAGGACGGGGUGCAGGAGGCAGAGCGGCUGUUUGGGCCAAGCGGCACAACCGAGGCCGAUGAUAUUGCGCUGGUUCGACGGCUGGUGCCGGCGGAUGUGGGCGAGCGGCUGGUCCGGCUGUACUGUCGCUGUGUACACCCGCGCUUCCCGGUGCUGGCCCUGGAGGAUCUGGCGGCGAUUCAGGCGGUGGGCCGGCCGGAUGACCCCCGAGAGAGCCGUGUUUCCGGGCAGCACGUUCCGGUUGGCCUGCUUAGUGCCGUCUACGCGCUCGCGAUGCCCUUCAGCUUCCUCGACGACGAGCUAAGCUUGCUCAAGGGCUACGUGCCCGUACCGACCGACGAGCUCUGGGCCGUGACCCAGCGCAGCCACGCGCGCACGGCCGCGCUGUCGCACCUGUCGCUGCUGCAGCUCAGCUUGCUGCUUCUGCAGCGUCCGCCCUACAACGACGCGGUGGCCUCGACGGCUGACAUCUGGUCGCGCUCCUGCGCCGCCGUCGCCGUCGCCGAGACCCUCGGCGUCAACUGCGACCCCUCCGCCUGGCGUCUGCCCCGCCGUGAGGCGGCCCUGCGCCGUCGUCUCUGGUGGCUCACCUACGCUCAGCACGUCUGGCAUGCCGUCGGUCUUGCCCGGCCCUGCCAUCUACACGCCGACUGCUGGGAUGUCGCCGCCCCCGCGGCCGACGACUUGGCCGACGACCUCGCUUUUGCCCCCGACGACACCGUCCGCCAAAUUGUCACCGCCGAGAUCCCUGUCCUUCUCGCCCACUGGCGUCUCAGCGUCAUCGCAGCCGACGUGCUCAAAGAAUUUUACACCUUUCGCUCCGUCCGCGAGUCUGCCUCGCUCAGCGUCCUCCUCAGCCGCGCUCAGCCGCUUCGCUCGCGCAUCGAGAGCUGGAGACAGACCCUGCCGCUGCUGUCGCAGCCGGCUCUCCACCUCAGCGAGGACGACCUCGUCGUCGGUGCGUCGCUGCGUCUCGCCCAUUUGACCCUCGAGGUCCUCAUCUUCCGCGCCCUGCUGCGUCCGCUGCUGCAUGACGCCGUGCCUGUCGAUGAGGCCGGCGCAGUGGCCGAGCCCAUGUCUACCAUCUACGACAACUGCUACACCUGCGCCAAAGUCGGCAUGGAGAUUGUCGCCUCCAUGAAGGGCAAACACUUUGCCGUCUUCUGGCCGUGCUACGUCCGCUACCAGCUCUGCUACAUCUCCAGCUUCAUCUUGCUGAGCCUGGCCCAGUCGCCCACGAGAGACAAUGCUGUGCGCAACCGCGAUCUCCUCAACCGCUGGCGCGACACUCUGCGCAUGCAGGCCCGUGCCUGGCCGCUCGCUCGACUGGCCACCAUUCGCCUCGACGCCAUCUACUGGAAGGGCUUGCCGGCUGCUGUCUUGGGUGUCGGCUCCGAGAGCCCAGCCGUGCAGCUACUACGCGAGAAUGAAGCAAAGCAUAUGUGA